AUGCCUCAGAUCCAUCCGAACGCUGAGGGCGAGUACAAGCCUGGCGAACACUCGGGUAUCCCUCACCCUCCGCCUGCGGACGACCCCAGUCAGAAGACUGAAUUGCAGAAGCCCUGGCCAGAUACUGGUUGGAGGGGACAGCCUACUAUUCCCAGUCAGGAGGGCGGUGACGGCGAGAAGGAUUUCAUGAACAAGCCGCCGUACUUCUGGAAGUCAGAGGGGGAUAAAUUCGAGGCUCAUUAUACGAGUCAGUGCUGGUGCGGCAAUGUUGUAUUUGAAUUCCAUGGAAACCCACUAGACGCCAAACAUUGUCACUGUCGGCAAUGCCAGAGCCUUCACGGUGCGCCGUUCCAAUGGGCGGUUAUCUUCCCGAAGACUUCUGUUCGUCUGGUCAAGAAUGAGAAGAACAGCUUGCAUUUCUUCAGCACUGCACUACGCACGGAGGGCCACUACGUUCCUUGUAAAGUGUCUUGUGACCAAUGUCGUUCUCCCCUCUUCGAUGAAGGGCGUAAUACCGUCCUCGCUUACCCGGGCAGUUUUAAGUUUAAGGAUCGAAAGGUACCGCUGGACUUCCAGCCCAGCUGUCACAUAUUCUACAGCGAGAGGUAA